AUGUCAAAUAUACAAGUAGUAGUGAGGUGUAGAGGGAGAAAUUCUAGAGAAAUAGCGGCGAAAUCGCCCGUGGUAAUAGAUUUGCCUGAUGAAAUGUACUCAAAUACAGAUUCAUAUAUCAGCAUUCGUCCCUCUAGUCCAAAUGCAAUUUCCGAUUUACAAAACUCGAGAACCUAUAAAGUAGAUAAGGUGUAUGGUUGGCAAGCUGACCAGAGCUUAAUAUUUCAGCAGGUUGCAUUACCUCUAUUUCAAGAAUUUAUGAGCGGGUACAAUGUGACCAUCUUAGCAUAUGGACAAACAGGAACCGGGAAAACGUUUACAAUGUGUGGUGAUUAUCUGGAUGAACUAAGUGAAGAUACUGGAAUUAUACCCAGAGUUUUGAAGCAACUCUUUGCAACUUUGGAAAAAGAUGAUGGUAAUGAUUACUUAGUCAAAUGUUCAUUCAUAGAAUUAUACAACGAAGAAUUGAAAGACUUACUCUCAGACGAUGAAAGAGCAAAAUUAAGGAUCUUUGAAAGCAAGCAAAAAUCUUCGAAUUCUAUCUUAAUUCAAAACUUGAAAGAAGAAAUAGUAUUGAAUUUAAACCAUGGUUUUAACAUUCUUAAGAAAGGAGUAAUGAAACGUAAAACUGCAUCAACAAAGUUAAACGAUGUUUCUUCAAGAUCGCAUACAAUAUUUUCAAUCAACUUAUACAGAAAGAAAGAUAAUGAAAUAUUCAAGGUCUCUAAAAUGAAUUUAGUCGAUUUGGCUGGGUCGGAGAAUAUAACAAAAUCAGGAGCCAUCAACCAAAGAGCAAAAGAAGCAGGAUCAAUCAAUCAAAGUUUAUUGACCUUGGGAAGAGUGAUUAAUUCUCUUAGCGAAAAGAAUGUCAGCUCUAAUCAUAUACCAUACAGAGAAUCAAAGUUGACAAGGUUGCUUCAAGAUUCAAUUGGUGGUGAAACCAAAACCACCCUCAUUGCUACUGUUUCACCAGCAAAAAUAAACAUCGAUGAAACAGCUUCAACGCUAGACUAUGCAGCUAAAGCAAAAAAUAUCAAAAACUUACCUCAAUCAGGACAAGAUUCCGACUUAAUCAUGAAAAGAGUUAUUGUCAAAGAUUUGGCAAGAGAAAUUGUUAAGCUAAACUAUGAUAUUGAAGCUACGAGAAGCAAAAAUGGGAUUUACUUACAUGAGUCCAACUACGCUAAUUUAAUUAGUGAGAAUGAGUCAAUGAAGGCAGAGUUAAAGGAAACAAACAGUAAAAUUAGGGCCUUGCUGUCCAAAGUGGAUAUGCUAGAGACGAAACGGCGAGACUACGAAUUAGGAGAAAAAUCUUCGAAGCAAAAUUUAAUGGAAGCCCAAAUAAAAAUCAAAAAUCUUGAGUCAAAUACGUGCAACUUGAAUCAAAAAAUCGUGGAUAGAGACAGUAGAGUUGCAGAAUUGGAAAAGAAAUUGACUAGAUUAAAUGAGAGAUACAAGGUUACUACAAAUCACUUGACGCAACUUGUGAAUGAGAAUUUGAAUGUUUCAGUUAAAAAGAUAGAAAAUUUAAUAAGAAAUUAUAAUAGUAGUGACAUCCAUGAGGAAAUAGAAAAAAUGAGCAAUGCAGUCUGUGAGGACUUGGACAGACUUCGCUCCAGUAUCAUUGAUCAAAUUAAAAAUGUCACCUCUACUAUUAACGAAACAGUUCAUGAUAUACCUCUGCAGGCUGGGUCAUUGACAAACGGAGUCGAAGCGAUCAGCACGGAUUUUGUUAAUAGCCAAAAGAAAUUGAAGCAAAAUUUGUCCGAUUUGAGAGUAGCCGAUGCUAAACUAUCUGGAUAUAUUAAAGAAGAUCAUUUGACGGCAGAACGACAAGCCAAAUUGACAGACGAAAUAAUCAAUGGGAAGCUAAAUGAUGGAAUCUCCCAGGUUCAUCGUCAACUCAAUGAUAAAUUAGAAGACCUAUUAAACCAAGCUAGGUCCAGCUAUAGUGGGUUGUUAGAAAGUUCUAUUUCUGAGGUUUCAAAUAGACUACUCGGAAAUGAGAGAAAGGAAAUUCAAAAGAGGCAACUAAAUUGGUCAACGGAAUCCAAAAAAAUACAUGAUGGUAUAGACAAGGACGUGGAUCUCUCCUUGAACAAUUUCGAUGAGGCAAGAGCACGCCAUAAGACAGAAAUAUCUAAAACAUUUGAUAAGUUGUCUCACUUAUUAAGCGGCAACAUAUCGAGAAAUUUAGAAAAUGUCACUAACAUAAUGGGUACGGCCACUGAAGAUGUAAUGAAGAAGAGAUCGGAGAGCUUUGACUGUAUUAAUCAAAAUAUUGAGAAUAAAGAUAGACGAAUAAAUGAAGACCUCGAAUCGGUCAAUAAGGAAUUGAUCUCCAUACAUGACUUCAAUACCGAAGCAUUAAAUCAAUCUCCUCAGCAUAGCUCCCCUGUCCGCAGGUCACCACUGAAGUCACCAAUAAGGGCAAACGUCACUAAGAGACAAUCUCCCGCAAAGUCUCUGAACAUAAUGCUGAAAUCCAAGAUCCCACAGUUGGGCAAAUUGAGUCACGAAGACCAGGAAAACUUAGCAGGAGCUUCUCUUAAAAGGAGGAAGAUUUUACAACUGGUGGAUACCAAUAACAUAUGCCAAUGA